UAGCCGUUACUGAGAGAGCCUCCCAAAACCCUCUCAACGUUCCCUUUUUUUUCUCUCGCACAUCCAUUCAUCAACUCAUCAUCGCAGAGAGAAUAAAUAUAACUCAAGAACAUCAAACUCAACUCUCACUCUCUCUCUAUUCUUUUAUAUUCUUCAUCUAAACCCUGAAUUUUCAGUUUCGAUUUGGUGAGCUCUGUUUCCUUUGUGGCAAAUAAUGGAUUCGGUGGCCAAGAAUGGGAAAUCGGCGACUCCAGUGAAAGAACCACAUGGUUCGAAAUCCAAGAUGCUUGCGUGCUCGGAGAAUUCAAACCCUAAUGUCUCUCAUUCAAGCCCUGGACCAAAACAUACGAAUUCGCCAUUAACCAAGUCGUCAAAAUCGCAGAAAUCCGCGUCCAGGAACCCUAAUCCGGCUCCUUAUUCUCAAAGAAAUAAGAUUAGGGAGAGGAAAUUCGUUGUGGCGAAGAAGAAUUCGAAGAAAGGGAAAGCCGAGGCAAUUUCAACAGUUGAUUGCCAGUGCAAAGCGAGAUUUGGGGGUAAUAUGAAGAAGUGUCUUUGUGUGGCUUAUGAGACAUUGAGGACAUCACAGGAGGAGUUCUUCCAGAGCCGGAGUGGUGUUGAAGAGAAUGGUGAGGUGAUAUCAGAGAAGGCCGGCGAAAGAGCUGCGAGUGAAGUUGAAGAAGUGACCGAGAAGGGUUUAGUGGCUCAAAAUUUUGAGAUUAACAGUGAACCUUCAUCAGAGGUUGAGCAGUUGAGUCAAACAGGUAGUUCUACAAUUAAGAGAAGAAGGGAUAAGUUGCAUGAGGAAGCAAGGAGUAGCGUGCCUGAAUCUGGACAAGUGUUGAAUUUGGUUAAGGUCUUUGAGAAACUUCUUUCAAUACCAAAUUCGCAGGAAUCUGAUGAGAAGAAGGAAGAGAAGGAGCCAGAAGAGGACAGGAAGAAGACAACAAAAUGGGCACUACCAGGAUUGCAACCACCGCCUAAGGUGUCCGAGACACAGUUCUCGUCUUCUUCAUUUUGUCCAUCUGAGUUCACCUUGUCAUCAGAGAAUCUCGGUUUGGGCUCACGUGCUUCGUUAUCUUCUUCAUGGGAUAGCAGCCGAGGAAGUAUCUCAAGCAGUAAUUCUAAUGGGGGCCAGAGAAGUAGAAGAAAUAGUUCUGAAUCCUGUGGAACAAUGGGUACAAGAAGAUGGAAGAAAAAGCAGCUCAGAGCCACAUCCCAAAAUCCCUUCAAGUUGAGGACAGAGCAAAGGGGAAGAAUGAAGGAGGAGGAUUUCAUGAAGAAGUUGCAGGAAAUGACGGUAGAGCAGGAGAGACAGCGGAUACCUAUUGCACAAGGCCUUCCAUGGACAACAGAUGAACCAGAGUGUCUAAUUAAACCUCAAGUGAAAGAAUGUACAAGGCCUGUUGACCUGAAGCUCAACAGCGAUAUCCGAGCAGAGGAGCGUGCUGAAUUUGACCAACAGAUUGCAGAGAAGAUGAGCCUUAUCGAGCGAUACAAGAUGGAAAGAGAGAGACGGCAAAAGUUGGCAGAAGAGGAAGAAAUAAGAAGGUUGAGAAAGGAGCUCGUACCAAAAGCACAACCCAUGCCUUAUUUUGACAGACCUCUCGUUCCUAGAAGGUCAGCGAAGCAUCCAACCAUUCCCAGAGAUCCAAAGUUUCACAUACCUCAACAUAAGAAAAUAAAGUGCGGCCUUUCAUGGAGUGACUAGAGUUUCUUCACUUUCGGUUAAUAGGCUAAUAGCCUCAUCCAGGCAGGCAGGCAGGCAGGCACCAACAUUCU